AUUUAUUCUAAUCCAAUGUGUUUUCCUUUUAACCUGCUUUUCCUUCCUUCCUUCUUUUUUUAAAAGGUUACUCAGUUCUGCGACAAGAGUAAUCAUAACAUCCAUGCACCAAAUAUGCAGAACAAACAAUGCAACCAAAGGAGCACAUGGGAAGUAAUCAUGACUUCUACUGACUUUGCUAGUUCAUCUCCACUCAAAGCUCCUCCACCUGCCCCCACUAUCUCCUUGCUGCAAACACAAGAGAGAGUUCUGUGUCUAGUACUUGAUGUUUCUGGAAGUAUGGCUUCAUAUAAUCGCAUUAAUCGACUGAGGCAAGCUGCAGAACUAUUCAUUUUACAAAUCAUUGAAAAGGGUUCCUGGGUUGGAAUUGUCACAUUCAGUAGUUCUGCAACCAUCAAGACUGGUUUGCAACAGAUAAGCACUGACCAUGUGCGUAGUUCUCUUGUAAACUCGCUGCCUACCUCGGCUGCUGGAGGAACCAGCAUUUGUUCAGGAGUCCGCUCAGGAUUUCAGGUCUUUUUACAGAAGUAUCCCAGCACUCAAGGCACUGAAAUUGUGCUCUUGACAGAUGGAGAAGACAAUACAGUGAGGUCUUGCUUUGAUGAAGUUAAGAAAAGUGGCUCAAAAAUUCACACCAUCGCCUUGGGGCCAAGUGCUGCGCCAGAACUGGAAAUACUGGCAGACAUGACAGGAGGUUUGAAGUUUGCUGCCACUGAUAGUUUGGAUUCCAAUGGACUCAUAGAUGCUUUCAGUACAAUUUCAUCAGGAAGUGGAAAUACCGCUCAAAUAUCUAUUCAGCUUGAAAGUAAAAGCAACAGCAUCAGUUCUGGCACGUGGCUGGAUGGUCUGAUAUCCAUUGAUAAAACUGUAGGAAAAGACACAUUCUUCGUAGUCACAUGGAGUAAGAGCACAUCUUCACCACUAAUUUUCCUGACGGAUCCCAAAGGGAAAAAAUACCUUCAAAAAGACUUUGUCAUUGAAAAGACCAAUGUCCGAACAGCUCGACUCAAGCUUAAUGGAAUUGCAGAGGUGGGAGACUGGACUUACUCCAUCCAGAAUACACACUCAGAGGCUCAAGUCAUAUCGAUGACCGUCACCACUCGAGCAGCGUCUUCAACUGAGCCUCCAGUGACUGUGAAGGUGUAUAUGAAUAGAGAUUCCAAUAACUUUCCUAAUCCAGUGAUAGUUUAUGCAGAAGUCAGUCAAGGAUUUUUGCCUGUUAUUGGUGCAAAAGUUAUAGCCACAGUUGAACCAGAGUCUGGAACAGCUGUAGAAAUGGAACUUCUUGACAAUGGUGCAGGUGCUGAUAUUGUCAGGCAUGAUGGAAUCUACUCAAGAUAUUUCACAUCUUUCAAAGGAAAUGGUAGAUACAACAUUAAAGCGCGUGUCCAAGGGAAAGAGAAGACUGCCAGACGCAUCCGCAGACAGAGCCAGGCUUUAUAUGUACCAGGUUUUAUAGAAGAUGAUGUAAUAACGAUGAACCCACCAAGACCUGAGGUCAGUGAUGAUAAAAUCCAAGCAGAUCUAGGGAAUUUCAGCAGAAUUGCAUCAGGAGGCUCUUUUGUAAUGGCAGGAGUUCCUGCUAAUCCCAAGGAUGUCUUUCCACCUGGAAAAAUCACUGACCUUGAGGUAGAGCUAGUGGGUGAUGCUGGUGAAUUCCUUUUGUCAUGGACAGCUCCUGGGAAUGAUUAUGAUACAGGAAAAGCUGAAAGAUAUGAAAUAAAAAGGAGUGCAAAUGCCUUGGAAUUAAGAGAUGCUACCUUUCAGAGUGCCAUUUCUGUGAACACUACUGGUCUGACACCUGCUGUUGCUGGAGUCAGACAAUCCCUUCAGUUCAAGGCUGAAAAUGUCAACAGAGAUAAUGACACCAUAAUCUACUUUGCAAUUCGUGCCAUUGAUAACAGCAACAACGUUGGAGAAGUAUCUAACAUAGCAAGAGCAGUUAUGCUUGCUUCUCCAUUGCCUCCUUCUUUUAAUAAGGAAAUCAUCCACACUUGUUUAUAAAUACUGCUCCCACAACAGCGAUCACAGUAUGUGCUUGUGUAAUUACUGUGUUAUUAUAUGUACAAGAUUUUUUGUUUUACAAAAGCAGAAAACAGACAUUUGGAGACUGGAAUGUUAUCAUGACUUUAACAUCUAAGAGAUAAGAACUUAACAUCUAAGAAAUUAUGCAAUAGAGAGAGAAAUAUAUGCUGUCUGUGCUAUUUAGGUACAUCUACUUUAAGCCCGUUUUUGGAAAAUGUCUAUUCCGUUUCCACCUCUGAUUCUGAAGGCUCUCAAUUAUAACACAGAUUACAUAAUAAAACUAAGCAUUUAUGUGGCAUUUUGAAUAAUAAAACUAUGCAUGAGAAUUCUAUUUAAUAAACAAAUUCAAAAGUGAAAUUAUUAUGGCUGAUUUCUGCAAUACUUAUGCUUAGUUUUAGAAGGAAAAAAUUUGGAGAGAAGAGACACAAUAAAAAUUGUUUCAAAAGAUACAUGUACUUCUUGUAAUUAUGAAUUUUCCGCUAUAUCUAGUUGACAGGAAAGCCCUGGCUAGAAUCUUGGAAAUCAUUAGCCACCUGGCUAGCUUUUCCUU